GAGUAGGUAAUGCUAUUUAGGUCAGCGAAUUGUUUCUUCAUUCAGUCGGUUCCCGAAUGAUCGUUUGAUUUGGUGUUGGUCGUUCAGUUUGCGUUUAUCAGCUCUCGAGCAGAAUGCGCUUUCGGGUCUUUUUCUACAUUCUCACGCUGGCGCUGACAGUUUCGACCGUGAACGCCGCUCCCCUUCUUGGACUUGGAAAUGUAAUCGGUGGCGGAACCGGAAGUGGAGGCGGACUACUCAAUAAAGUUCAAGAAUUCGGCGAAAGAGUUUACGAGAAGAAGCGAGACUUCCUGAAUGGAAUUAAUGAAAAAGUUUCCAAUAUACUGUGGAUUCCACCGUUGCCAACUAAAGUUUCAAGAGAAGAGGUGGAACACUUUAAUCUUCCAGCAGCCCAGGACCACGAUCGUUUGAUAUUUUCGGAUACUGGAUCCGACGAAGGCUACACGGAACCAAAUUUGGAAAUUUAUGCACGUAGCAGUUUCCUAUCCCCAGAAGAUUUGGAAGAUCGAAACGGACCCCAACAGACUAGACCAAACGUAUCGGUUAACGUGAAAAAUAGCUUCAGUUUAUUUGGUAAAGCAUGAUCUUAAACGGUAAAAAACUGGAUCGAUUCAACAAAACUUAAAAAUAAAUGUAUAAAAAAUU